UCAGCACAGGACGUCCUCCUACAGCUCAAAGAGGACAUCCUAGACUUUCCUGGAAGAACGCAGACGAGAGCGGUACUCGCGUUGGACCUUAGAGGAGCUUUUGACAACGUGUCUCACGACGCCAUUCUCGAGGGCUUGACCAGAGCACACUGCGGCAAAAGAACUUACGACUAUGUCCGUGCGUUUCUGACGGACAGGACCGCUACUCUAGGGCUGGGAGAUCUUCGCUCCCAGCCCAUCAAGCUCUCGGGGAGGGGAACGCCACAGGGUUCCGUCCUUUCGCCGACUCUCUUUAAUAUAGCCAUUUCAAGUCUCCCGACCCUGCUGGGGGCCAUCCCUAACGUCAGGCAUGCUCUGUAUGCAGACGACAUCACCAUCUGGACAAGCAAGGGUUCGGAUGGUGAGAUACAGGACGGACUUCAGGAGGCGGUCGAAAUCACUCAAAAGGUUGCAGAAGCAGCAGGACUAACUUGCGCCGCCGACAAGUCUGAGCUUCUACUCAUUAGAAGCAAACCUUGCACUAAAGCAGAUGAAAUUUGUUUAAAUCUAAAUGGAGAGAAGAUACCCACAGUCGACAGACUCAGAGUACUCGGCCUACAUAUUCAGUCCAACGGCAAGGCAUCCUUCACCGUGCAAAUGCUUCGCAGGCAAUGCCAGCAGAUUGCCCACCUCAUACGAAGGGUGGGCAAUGGACGUGGCGGGCUUAAAGAAGCCGACACCGUGAGAAUUGUCCAGGCUCUUCUAGUAAGUAGAGUUGUCUACCAUUGUCCUUUCCAUAACUUUAAACGCAGAGAGAUAGACACUCUCAAUACGAUCCUCCGAACUGCUAUAAAAACGGCGGUUGGAUUGCCUCAGCAUACAUCCACGCAGCGCCUUCUUCGACUUGGUAUUCACAAUACUAUAGAAGAACUGAUUGAGGCUCAGGCUGUUGGACAGCGUACAAGACUCAGCUACACACAGCCUGGAAGAAAUCUCUUAGCCAGGCUCGGCUACAAACCACUUAAUAAAGAACAGGGCUGCAUGCGGCUAAAAUCUGUCCCACCGAGCAUUGCGGCUAAAAUACGAGUUUUGCCCCUACCAAAGAACAUGCAUCCCACUCUUAAUGCAGGUAGACGCCUCGCGCGUACCCGCUACCUAAGGCUCAAGUAUCAAAACGACCCAGACGUCUGUUACACUGACGCUGGGGAGUACACUUCCCCACGUGAGGCAAAAUGCAUAGUCGUCUGCGACUCGCUUGGACGAGGUGAAGCGAUAGCGUCUCUCGCCGCUCCCACAUCGAUCGCGGAGGCCGAAGAAGCGGCAAUAGCAUUAGCCGUAGCACGGAUUUCGCGUAAAACUGAAAACACAGACAAGACCUGUACCAUAAUCACUGAUUCACAGCCAGCGUGCAGGGCGUUCGCGCGAUGCGUCGUCUCACAACGAAGUGGACACAUUCUAAACACAGUUAAUCAAAGCUCACUACCCGCAAUCCAGAUAGUCUGGACUCCUGGACAUACCUCCCUCUCUGGCAACGAGAGUGCGGAUGCACUCGCCCGAGAAAUAGCCGGCCGGGCGUUGCAUGGGGAAGGGGAGGCACCGGAGAAUCACAACAUGACCACCUCGAACUUACGCACAGAGCCAACACCGCUACACACGUACAAUCAAAUCACGGCAUUUUACAGAUCACAGCGCAGAACACUACCCCCUCCGCACAGGGACCUAUCUAGGCAGGAAGGGAUUGAGUGGCGACAGAUACAAACACACACUUUCCCAAAUUUGUACCACAAGCAUCUAUUUUUUCCUAACAGA